AUGCAGCGAAAGUUGAAAGCGGUUCUUGGCAGCUCAGGCCGAAAGAGAGCCCAGUCGUCCGCAGACGAGACGAAGCAAUCCUACGAGGCAGCAGAUCCACGUGGCGAGCAGCAUACUUCUUCUCACAGAGAACGAGGCUGGUCCACGUCAAGCGACUCCCCAGAGGACCCUAUACAUGCUGGGCGCAGUCGUCCCCUUACCUCAGGCUACGAUUCUCGCCCAUCUGCACCACAAUCCGCCGCUGUCGCCUUUGCUCAGCCUAAACCCUCAGACUCAAACGCCUCCAUCGCGAACGACUAUAGGGCCUAUCUCCCAGUCCUAGACGCAAGUAAGGAACAACACAUGACACUGGGUGGCGAUAGGCGACUGAUAGCUGGAGAGAGCGGUGCGAGACACGAAGAGGAGGUGGCCGACCGCAACAUUGAUCGAUAUAGUAUGCCGCUCGAUGCUGGGCAAGGGAAGGCGCUCCCAAUGCUACCAAACCACACAAACGCAGACCACGACGGUUCUCGAAACCACUCCACAGGCACCGGCUUAGUGGGUUCUACAAUUCGCGUGGUACCCCCUGGUCCAUCUACGGGCAAGUAUGUAGAGAGUAGAGACAACACUCCAAACAGUCUUUCAAAGAGGACCAGUUGGCCUGCACAAUCUGUACGUGAUGAGUACCAAGCAGGCUCAGCAGAGGGAUUACGAACUCGCCAGGACAUGUCAGUAAAACAUCGCGGUGAUGCUACGAACGUCCACCCAGCUGGUAUGGAUGGUCAACAAGAUUGGAAGGCGCAACAGCAGGCACUACUUGGCGGUGUAGUGGAUCUGAGAGACACAGUAGACACGCAUCGACAUGUUCAAAUGGCUCCUGCCGUCACGCAUGAGGUCAUCAAACCGCACGAACACGAAAUCAUCCAACACAAGAUUCACCGCGAAAUUCACAACUACUCCUAUUACCAUCGUUUACAACCCGUAUAUCACACCGAAGUCCUUCCGCCACGCCACUUCAUCCCCAACCCUCAUGGUGAAGGUCUCAUAGAAGUGUCAGCCGAUGAGCUUCCCUCACGCACAGGCGAGCACAGAUGGUGGGAAAUUGUCCAGAAGUCAUUACCAUUACCGAAAAUGUCACACCAAUGGCGCACUGAGCCGGAGGUUAUAGAGGGCAAAACAUACAUAACCGACGAGGGCUUUGAGCGCAGGGAAACUACCAUUCGAUAUCCACCGACUUUGGAGAGCAUGGAAGGAUACGGGGGCCCUAUACAGCCAGUGCACUUUGAUCACAAGACUGGAGAGCGUUGGCUGGGCGAGGUGACGACCAUGGACAAGCUGAGGGAGGAGCUGAACCAUGUGUCGGAAUCGGACACGAUGAAAUUCAAAGAGCUUCGAGAGAGCCUACCUGAGAUACCGCCGAGCCCUACGAUCAAGCGGAAGCCAGUUGAUUGGUGA